GUGCGGCCGGGGCUCGGUCGCCUCCCAGCCGGGCCGGGCAGCGCGUUUGAUGCGGCCCCCGCCCCCCGCGGCGUGCAGGACUUAGGCGAGCCGCCCUUUGUCUCGGCCGGGAGCAUGUGGGUGAACCCCGAGGAGGUGCUGCUGGCCAACGCGCUGUGGAUCACGGAGCGCGCCAACCCGUACUUCAUCCUGCAGCGGAGGAAGGGGCACGGCGGCGAUGGAGGCGGUGGCGGGCUGGCGGGUCUCCUCGUGGGUACUCUUGAUGUUGUGCUGGACUCCAGUGCUAGGGUGGCACCAUACCGGAUCCUCUACCAGGCACCAGACUCCUUGGUAUACUGGACCAUUGCCUGUGGUUGUUCAAGGAAGGAAAUCACUGAACAUUGGGAAUGGCUUGAACAGAAUCUUUUGCAAACUCUUUCCAUCUUUGAAAAUGAAAAUGACAUAAACACAUUUGUCAGAGGAAAAAUACAGGGCAUCAUUGCAGAGUAUAACAAAAUCAAUGGCAUCAAGGAGGAUGAUGACACAGAAAAGUUUAAGGAAGCCAUAGUGAAGUUCCACAAGCUGUUUGGGAUGCCUGAUGAAGAGAAACUAGUGAACUAUUAUUCCUGCAGUUACUGGAAGGGGAAGGUACCCCGUCAGGGCUGGAUGUAUCUCAGCAUUAACCACCUUUGCUUUUAUUCUUUUCUCAUGGGAAGAGAGGCAAAGUUGGUGAUCCGCUGGGUGGAUAUCACCCAACUUGAGAAGAAUGCUACACUGCUUUUUCCAGACCUAAUCAAAGUGAGUACAAGGUCAAGCGAACACUUCUUCUCUGUGUUCCUCAACAUCAGUGAAACAUUCAAACUAAUGGAGCAGCUUGCCAACAUAGCUAUGAGACAGCUUUUGGAUAAUGAAGGCUUUGAACAAGAUCGAUCACUGCCGAAACUAAAAAAGAAAUCAGCCAAAAAAGUAUCAGCACUGAAACGGGAUCUUGAUGCUAGAGCAAAGAGUGAGAGAUAUCGUGCACUGUUUCGACUUCCCAAGGAUGAGAAGCUAGAUGGACACACAGAUUGUACCCUGUGGACUCCAUUUAACAAAAUGCACAUUUUGGGUCAAAUGUUUGUUUCUACAAAUUACAUCUGCUUUACCAGCAAAGAGGAGAAUUUGUGCAGCCUCAUUAUCCCUCUCCGGGAGGUGACAAUAGUGGAAAAGGCAGACAGCUCCAAUGUAUUACCUAGCCCAUUGUCAAUCAGCACUAAAAACAGAAUGACAUUCCUCUUUGCCAACUUGAAGGAUAGAGACUUUCUCGUACAGAGGAUCUCGGAUUUCUUGCAACAAACUACUUCAAAAAUAUACUCUGAAAGAGAAAUUGGAAGUUACGUCAGCUCAGAUGAAGAGAUGUAUACAAGGCCAAAUAGCAUAGUUUCCUCCAGCCCUCAAAGGAGCCUCAGCUCUGAAACAGAUGGAGAACGACAAUUCAAUCUGAAUGGCAAUGGUAUUCCAACAGUGACGCAGGCUUUAAUGACUAUGUAUCGACAGCGGUCACCUGAGGAAUUCAACCCCAAACUGGCAAAAGAGUUUUUGAAAGAGCAAGCUUGGAAGAUUCACUUUGCUGAGUAUGGACAGGGUGUCUGUAUGUAUCGUACUGAAAAAACUAGAGAUCUUGUGCUCAAAGGCAUUCCAGAAAUCAUGAGAGGGGAACUAUGGCUGCUGCUUUCAGGAGCCAUUAAUGAGAUGGCCACUCACCCCGGCUAUUAUGAAGACCUUGUGGAGAAAUCCAUGGGGAAGUACAACCUUGCCACAGAAGAAAUUGAGAGAGAUUUGCACCGUUCUUUGCCAGAGCACCCUGCCUUCCAGAAUGAGAUGGGCAUUGCUGCCCUGAGGAGAGUCUUAACAGCUUAUGCUUUUAGAAAUCCAAGCAUAGGAUACUGUCAGGCCAUGAACAUUGUCACUUCAGUACUCCUUUUGUAUGCAAAAGAGGAAGAAGCUUUCUGGUUGCUUGUGGCUUUGUGUGAACGCAUGUUGCCAGACUACUACAACACAAGGGUUGUUGGUAGGUUGAGGAGAAUUUAUCAAAAAAAAUGCACAGUUCACAGAACAGGAUUCCAGAUGUUGGUACUGAAACCAAUGGAUGGUGCUCUGGUAGAUCAAGGUGUUUUUGAAGAGUUGGCUCGGGACUACGUUCCACAGCUUUAUGACUGUAUGCAGGACUUAGGUGUUAUCUCCACCAUCUCCCUCUCCUGGUUCCUUACUCUGUUUCUCAGUGUAAUGCCAUUUGAGAGUGCUGUGGUUGUGGUGGACUGUUUCUUCUGUGAAGGAAUAAAGGUGAUAUUCCAGUUAGCAUUGGCUGUGCUGGAGGCUAAUGUGGACAAGCUGCUGAAUUGCAAAGAUGAUGGAGAAGCCAUGACAGUCCUGGGGAGGUAUUUGGACAGUGUGACCAAUAAGGAUAGUACUUUACCACCAAUUCCUCAUCUUCACUCGCUACUCAGCGAUGAUGUUGAGCCUUAUCCAGAGGUGGAUAUCUUCAGACUCAUCAGGACUUCCUAUGAGAAAUUUGGAAGUAUACGAGCAGAUUUGAUUGAACAGAUGAGAUUCAAACAGAGACUGAAAGUGAUCCAAACCCUUGAAGACACUACAAAGCGUAAUGUGGUACGAACCAUUGUAACUGAGACUUCUUUUACCAUUGACGAACUGGAGGAACUCUACGCUCUUUUCAAGGCAGAACAUCUGACUAGCUGCUACUGGGGAGGGAACAGCAAUGCUAUUGACCGGCAUGACCCCAGCUUGCCUUAUCUGGAACAGUACCGCAUUGAUUUUGAGCAGUUCAAGGGGAUGUUUGCUCUCCUCUUUCCUUGGGCUUGUGGGACCCACUCAGAUGUGUUAGCUGCACGCUUAUUCAGACUGCUGGAUGAAAAUGGAGAUUCUCUGAUCAACUUCCGGGAAUUUGUUUCUGGGCUGAGUGCAGCAUGCCAUGGAGAUCUUACAGAAAAACUGAAGCUGCUUUAUAAAAUGCAUGUUUUGCCUGAUCCAUCCCCUGAGCAAGAGGAGCCAGAUUCUGCUUUUGAAGCAACUCAGUACUUUUUUGAAGACAUUACACCAGAAUGUACACACGUUAUUGGCAUAGACAGCAGGAACAAACAAGGAGCAGAUGAUGGGUUUGUCACCAUUAGUCUGAAAGCAGAUAAAGGUAAGAAAAACUCUCAAGAGAAUAGAAACUACCUGAGAAUGUGGAGCCAAGAAAAUAAAUCCAGAGCUAAGAACACAAAGGACUUGCCCAAACUGAAUCAGGGCCAGUUCAUUGAAUUAUGCAAGACAAUGUAUAAUAUGUUCAGUGAAGACCCCAAUGAACAAGAUCUCUACCACGCUACUGCUGCUGUGACAAGUUUGCUAUUGGAGAUAGGUGAGGUUGGUAAACUGUUCUCUAUCCAGUCUACAAAAGAAAUAGACAGGGGCAGUAAAAGCUGCAGCACAGCUCUUCAGAGUGGGCUGUUCCAGAAAAAGGAAAGCCAGCAGUAUCCCCUUGAACAGCAGGAAUCGUUCCAAGGUGGCCUUACUGCCAAUGAUGAGACUAUUUGCACGGAUAACUCAUUGGGUGCACAGAUGGAGGAUAUUAAGCUUGAGGAUUCGUCUCCCAGGGACAAUGGAGCCUGCUCUUCCAUGCUUAUUUCUGAUGAUGAUACUAAAGAUGACAGCUCCAUGUCCUCCUAUUCAGUACUGAGUGCAGGCUCACACGAAGAGGAAAAGCUGCACUGUGAGGACAUAGGUGAAGAUACAGUUUUGGUGCGAAGCAGUCACAACACUUCUCUGCCUAGAAGCCCUAGCAUUGACAGAGACUGGGCCAUCACCUUUGAGCAAUUUUUAGCCUCCCUUUUGACUGAGCCAGCCCUGGUGAGAUACUUUGAUAAGCCAGUGUCUAUGAUGGCUAGAAUUACUAAUGCUAAGAAUGUAAGGAUGAUGGGCAAGCCAAUAACUUCAGCAAGUGAUUAUGAAAUUUCUACGAUGUCAGGCUGAGACAACAGUUGAGGGGGGGCGGCCUUUGUUUUUUAUUUAAUUAUUUUUAUUACAUAUUUAUUAGUACCUGGAACAGAUCCUGGUAUCUUCAAAAAAUGGUAGUUUUCACUAAUGUGAAAAUGUUGGAGUGCAAACAUAACUGUCUUGAACUAUAAUCAUUCUUUCUGUGGGAAAUGUUACAAGAAUGCAAAUUUUAUUCAAAAUACAGAAAAAAUACAGUUGUCAGUGAAACGUGUGUAUUAUUAACCUUGCUGUCAAUAUAAACAUGGUAAAGAUUAGUCCUCCAUUUUACUAUAAACUGAAUACCAGAUAUUCGCGUGCAUUUUUAAAACAGGCCUAAAAAAAAGGUUGGAUUAUUGACAAGAUAGGCGAUAUCUCUAAAAUUUAAAGGGACACUGUCAACCUUCAUAGGACUUGAAAGGAAGUGUAAUGCAGCAUCCCUUUUUUUUCCUCUCCCCUGCCCCCCAACACCAUGUAUU